GAUGUUUUCAUUCUCUUUCUCUCUCUAUCUCUUGCCAAGUAGGGGGUGUCCUGUUCAAUUCAUGCUCUCUAAAGGUAAAUCAAAUCAAAUGUAUAUGUGAUUAUGCGAUUGAUCUUGUGAUUUCGUUUUCCCGGACUCGUAAUCUGGAAUUUCAGAAUCAAAAUGCGCAAUUCUCGUAAACUUCAAUUGAUAUAUCUGUGGAAUUUUGGUUUCUUGAUGAUGAGAUUGAUUGGCAUUUGUUCAAUUAGGCGUUUAGCUUCAUUUCAAAUUUCUUCGAUUCGAUAGAUAGAUAGUCUUGCUUCAUCAACGAUAUCAGAUUAUCGAUUUCUCUGUUGCUUGAUUUUGCGAUGUAUAAUUUCCGUGCAUGUAAAUGUCGAUGCUAGAUUUCUUUCUAAAUGAGUUGUCUCAUGCGUUUGUCAGCAUCAUCUCCAGGCUGGGGGAGAAAUAUCAGUUCAUUAUUUUCGGAUUAAAGUUGAAAUAUCAUUUCUUAAUUGGGAAUUUGCUGUUUCUGGAAUGGAAAAGACCAGUAGUAUAUCACAGAUAACUCUAGAGAGGAAUCCUAGAGGAUUUGUUAAUGGCUUAUAUUCAAUGGCUUCUGAAUGGCUGUUGAUUCUACUGUUAUUAAUUGACGCUGCACUUUCGUAUCUACUUACUAGAUUUGCUCACCAUUGUAAGCUGCAAAUUCCUUGCAUAUUAUGCUCGAGGCUAGAUCAUAUUUUUGCAGAUGAGAGGAUUGAUUUCUAUACGACUCUACUUUGUAAGAAUCAUAAAAUUGGAAUAUCAGCAUUGGUAUACUGUCACAUCCACAACAAACUUGUUGAUGCAGGAGGAAUGUGCGAAGAAUGUAUGAUGUCGUUGCCUUUGCAGAAUGGAUCAAACUCAGACAAAUUAGGUAUGGACAUUGAACAAUAUCACAAUGGUCUGACCAGCACUGUAAGUUCGAAAACUUGUACAUGUUGUAGUAAGCUUUGUACAGUCAAACCAAACCUUAAGUUGCAACCGCUACCUCCAAUUGGUCGCAGCAUUAGAACCCACCCAAAACCACCUUUGCCUCACCACCCUCCAAGAAAUAUUCGUUUAAAUCAUCAGGACAGUUUGAAGAGAAUAAGGGACAGAUUUUCUGGGCCAGUAAAUCCUCAACUUGGUAAUAAAGGCGAUCAUUUCUCUCAUGUUGGAUAUACUGAGCUUAAGAUUGCUUCUGAUACAGAGUCUGAGUUCCCAUUUUCAGAUGAUGAUGAUUUGAAUUCUGUCCUUAGAGAAAUUAUAGAUGACAAGAAUCUCAUUGUCCUACGACAUGGUAAAGAUCAAAUGCAAAAUGGAGAUACGAAAUCCGUGGAGAAGAAUACCGAAUUAGCUUCUGAUAUUGGGGUUUCACUUUUAGAUCAAUAUUUGCAGAAAAACGAAAAUGUUUCUCGUGAUGUUAAGGGCUGGGUAUCUACAAUUGGAUAUGGUCUUGAAGAUAUCAAAUGGGAACAAUCAAAAGGUAAGAAUAUUGUUCUCGUCAACGGAUUAAAUAACGAUGAAAAACCAACAAGUAAACUCGAGCCAUUUCUCCACGAUAAUCCAAGUUCUUCUGUUCCAGACCCAGAUGAGAAAUCUUGUGGUAUUGGAACUUGUCAGAUGGCAGCGAUAUCUGAUGAAAAACCCACCGAAGUUUCAAAGACUAUAGAAUCAACUGAAAAUGUUGAUCAUACAUCAAAGGUUGCAGAACAAACAGCUAAUCCGGAUCCCUUGCAUGAGAACGAUAUGACAAGGGAUGAUAUAUCAGGUUCUGAAUACAUAGAGGGAAGCAGCGUGAGUGAAAUCGAAGGCGAGAGUAUGGUUGACACGUUGAAACGACAGCACGAGCAUGACAGAAAAUCUAUGGCGAAUCUGUGCAAGGAAUUGGAGGAAGAAAGGAACGCUUCAGCAGAAGCUGCCAAUGAGGCCAUGUCCAUGAUCACUCGUUUGCAAGAAGAGAAAGCUGCACUUCAUAUGGAGGCUUUACAGUACUUGAGGUUGAUGGAGGAGCAGGCCGAGUACGAUAUGGAUGCACUAGAGAAAGCAAACGAACUCCUAGCCGAGAAGGAGAAGGAGAUGCAGGAUAUGGAAGCUGAGUUGGAUAUUUAUAGGAUGGAUGAAGAUGAAACAGAGAGCAGAAACAAUAAAAUAGAACAGAAUAGAAUAAACGAAAAGAUAUUGGAGAUAAAGAACUCGUUGUUGGACUUCAAUGCAGAAAAGGAGUACAUUUCGCAUUGUCUUAAAGAGUUGGAGAGAAAGCUGCAUCAUAUUUUUUGCGUAAAUGGUAAGAAACAGAAGGAUGAUGAAAAGGUUUUGAUAGAAGAAAAUGAUGAUAAAAAGGAAUUGGUGAAAAACUCGUCGGAAGCAUUGAAUUCGUUUCAGAAUGAGAUUGCAGAUCUUAAUGUGAGGCUGGAAGCGCUGGAGGCUGAUCGCGAACUCUUGUCACACAUUCUGUAUUCGCUUAAGAACGGACAUGGAUUGCAGUUCAUUGAAGAAGUGUGUCGACAACUUAGCGAGUUAAGGAGAGCUGUAAUCGACACGAAAAGUCUGAAUUCAAGCUCUUGAUGAUGAGGAGCCCAUUCUUUCUAUUGGUAAAAAUAAAUCAAUUUAAUAGAAUCAUCUCAUUCUUGUUCCUACCAUUCA